GCCGGCCCAGGCCCGCUAGAGGGGACUGACCGCCUCCUUCCCCAACUCAGCCGCACCCUGGAGACUGCGAUCGCCCACCGGGUCGGCCCCCCAGCUCCGGCCAAGAGUGGGGCUGAGUCAGCCAGUAACUGCACCGCCAAUUAGGAAACCAUUAUCUGUGUGAAGAGAGAGGAAAAUGAGCCUCCAGUGGGCGGCGGUCGCAACCUUUCUUUACGCCGAGAUAGGGCUCAUUCUGAUCUUCUGUCUGCCCUUCAUCCCGCCGCAGAGAUGGCAGAAGAUCUUUUCAUUCAGUCUCUGGGGUAAAAUUGCAAGUUUCUGGAACAAAGCUUUUCUUACUGUUAUAGUCCUAUUGAUCGUUCUAUUUCUGGAUGCUAUAAGAGAAGUAAGGAAAUACUCCGUUACUCCUGCCAUUGAAAAGAGCUCAGCUGGAAAACCUACUGCCUUUGAACAUACACAGAUGAAACUUUUUAGGUCUCAGAGAAAUCUCUACAUUUCUGGAUUUUCUCUGUUUUUUUGGUUAGUAUUGAGACGUUUGGUUACCCUUAUUACUCAGUUGGCAAAAGAAAUUGCAUUAAAAACAGCACUUAAAAAACAAGCAGAAAGUACUUCUGAGGCUGCCAAACAAUUUAUGGAAGAGAAUGAAAAACUUAAAAAGAUCUUGAAAAAAAGCGGCAAGGAGGAGGACACUCUUUUGGAAGAAGAAAACAGAAAACUCUUAGAAGAUCAGGAAAGACUGCAAAUGGAAUUAAAGAAAACAUCAGAUGCCCUUUCUAAGGCUCAAACCGAUGUGAUAACAAUGAAGGUGCAAUCAGACAGACUUUCGAAGGAGUAUGACCGACUCCUGAAAGAACACAUGGACCUUCAGGGUCAUUCAGGAAAAGGCAACAAAAAAAGCCUGUGAACUUUAUAAAAGAAGAUUGUGGUACACCGUGUCAACAUAAUAAACAUGUUACCAUGUCAGCCUCUGGAAAAUGUCCAGUUCACUUCAGAAACAUGGAGUCAGCCACUAAAUUUUUAACAUCCAUACAUAGGGCUGUGUCACAAUGGCAGUGUGUGAUGAUGCUUCAGGUAUAUAAUAUAUAGCCUGUAUUCCAGCUCUUAAGAAAAAAUGCAAGCAUGUUAAUCCUGUUUAUAAGUUGAGAGUAACACAAGUAUAUGGUGGCUAUAUGCUAAUAAAGGGAAAAAUUCAUUAGCCAUUUACUUCCAGAAUUAAAUAUUUCAGUUGCUUGAAACCAUUAAUAGCUUUAAAAGUUUUGAUGAGCUUCGAUUAAUAAUAAUAUUUUAUGUAAUCAGGUAAUGAUAGUGACCAGGUACUUCAAAAUAGUGGUUAGCUGAUCGUAAUUGUCCACAGGGAGAUUAGAUGUGGAUAGAUGAUCAGAAUUAGCUACUACUUGUAUAAAGGCUGGAAAGGACAAACAAAACAAUGAACCUGACCCUUGUUGGGAUUUUUAAGCCCGAUAAUAUUAUGGUUUACUCCAGACAGCUAUAGCAAUAGUUAGAUUAAUGUGCUUUCUGCACCCGUUGCACUGUUUUUGUUGUUCCGUGUGUUAAUACAUAAUUAUAAGCAAUCUAUUUUUUCAAGUUCAUCUAGUAAAAGAGUUUACAUAUAUUUGCAUAAGUACUCUAGCACUGAACUGAAAUAUAUUUUUCAACAAUGUGGAAUUCUUAACUUAGUUAAUGUAGAAUACAUUUUUUUAAAAACAGUGUUUCUCAUUACUGUGAGAGUUACUGAUUUAUACAAAUUUUACCUCAAAUGUGCAUAUGCUAGUGUCACAAUUUCUGAGCUGUUUCUGUAUUCUGAAAACUAAGUAUUAAAAGUUGUUUUUCCAUUAAAAUACUUCUGGAGAGUUUCCUUUAGAAAAUAAGAAUUAAAAA